GUUAGUGCGACCUAUGGAACAUAAUGGCAAGAUUGAAUUUGAAUCUGGCGGGUUUCAAUCGAAGCACAUAGCAAACUGCGAAGAUGCCUAAGGAACUUAAAGGGGUAUCACAAUUAGAAGUUCAACAUGAUUCCGACAAAACGACCGAAGACCUGUCUGGGGUUGUUGUUUUCUACCGUCAUAAAGGUCGCUGCCAACCACACCAGUUCAAAGCGAGUACUAAGUCCGAGGAUUUACUAGGUAGCGGAGCAUAUGGGGAUGUAUUUAUGGUUGAAUGUGAAUUGUGCCAAGGCCAAUAUGCGAAGAAAGUCAUAAAAUUCCAUAACUUCACAUCGAAGGCUGCUCGGGAGAAACACAUCGGAGACACGGAUAAGGAAUUAAGAAGUUACAUGGAUCUUGACCACCCGCAUAUUUUGGCGUAUGUUCACCAUGAAUUAAGCAGCACGAAAAUGCAUAUCUACACCGAAUACUGCCAGUGCGGCGACCUGCAAAAAUGCGCUCUGCAUCUUCGUCCUUUUUUUGGGGGCGGUUCGCCUGAUGCAUUUUCUUGGCAUAUCCUUGAAGGCCUUGCCUCAGCUUUAACUAGGUGUCACUAUGGACUCAAAGUAUUUCGGCAAGACGGGCUUGUCUACGAAUACUCGAGAUUUGAAAAGCCUUGGCCCCCAAUUAUACAUCGCGAUAUCAAACCUGGGAAUAGUAAGCAUUGAGAUGAGCUCAUCCUGAUUCAAAGCUAAGCGGACGGGAAAUUUUUAUUGACUUGCACAUGCUCUAGUUCUUAUUGCCAUAAGAAAACAAGGGAAUAUCAAG